UCAUAAAGGAAAGCAGAACUUGGCUGGCUGGCUCGUUCAGCAUGACUGAUCAUUUGGCUUGCAAUUUCUCUCAGGGGACCUGAACACUGAUAGGAAGAAAAGCAGUAUGGAACUGCAGACCAUGUGAUCCAUAUAUUAACGAUCUAUACCCCAUGUGAUCCACAGCUGCAGGCCGGGAGACGGAGGCAGAGAAGGAUGGAGUGAGGAAGCUUGAUUAAAAGGCGUUUCAAGGCAAACCUUUACUGGGCAGCCAAAUAUUUUUCAAACAAGGUUAAUCCUAUUGGGAUCCUCUUAGACGCGGGCCUAAGGUGAAUACCUCUGCUGCCUUGCUCUUGAGCCGGCCCUGCUGACAUAGGGAUAUUUGGACGGCCCAUAUACCACCCACGCCACUGCAGCUGCAUUUUCCAGACCUUUAGAACUGCAUCUUAGCCCCACAGAUCGGUCUUGCAAAUCACAGCUCUGGGAUAUAUGCGAAGCUAUGUUAUUGUCAAUUCCAUUCAGUCUCCAUGGACAGCGGCUAUCUGGCACUGCCGGGCUAUAUUUAUGGGUCCUCUAGGGCUGCUAUACAUCCCUCCAUUCCUAAACUUCCUGUUGGUUACGUUUUGAUAUAUCAUCUGAUUCCAAUUUUGUGAAGUUUCCAACAAAAUAUAAGUGCUGAGUAGUCUUUAAAUGAAGAGACACUUAUAUUGAUUAACCAAAAAUCUUUGCCAUGGAAGUGCAUUGGCUCCAGAUAUCAUCCACACUAGUACUACUGUUUUCAAGUAGCUGUUGGUCAAAACCCAAAGGUUCAACACAUAUGAACUCUGUAAGAAUAGAUGGAGAUCUGAUCUUAGGAGGCCUUUUUCCUGUCCAUGGAAGGGGAAGUGAUGGCAGAGCCUGUGGAGAACUUAAGAAAGAAAAAGGAAUCCACCGCUUGGAAGCAAUGCUCUUUGCGCUUGAUCGCAUUAAUUCUGAUCUUGAGCUUCUUCCCAAUAUUACAUUAGGGGCCAGAAUUUUGGACACCUGUUCUCGGGAUACGCAUGCACUGGAGCAGUCGCUGAGCUUUGUACAACCACUUAUAGACAAAGACAGAGCAGAGGUGCGGUGUCUCAGUGGCGGGAAUCCAAUAAUUGCCCAACCUGAGAGGGUAAUUGGUGUGAUUGGGGCAUCAUCAAGCUCUGUUUCUAUAAUGGUGGCCAACAUUUUACGUCUUUUUAAGAUCCCUCAAGUUAGUUAUGCCUCUACUGCUCCAGAACUUAGUGACAACAGCCGUUAUGAUUUCUUCUCUCGUGUGGUUCCUUCUGACACUUAUCAGGCCCAGGCCAUGGUGGAUAUUGUGAAGGCUUUGAAGUGGAGCUAUGUGUCUACAUUGGCCUCUGAAGGCAGCUAUGGAGAAAGUGGAGUAGAAGCAUUUAUUCAGAAGUCUAGAGAGGAUGGCAGCUUGUGUGUGGCACAGUCAGUCAAGAUACCAAGAGAUGCCAAACCUGGUGAUUUUGAUAAGAUCAUUCGUCGCCUUUUAGAAACAUCCAAUGCUCGUGCUGUGAUUAUCUUCGCUAGUGAGGAUGAUAUACGGCGUGUGCUUGCAGCAGCAAAAAGAGCUAACCAGACAGGACAUUUUAUGUGGGUUGGGUCUGACAGUUGGGGCUCUAAAAUCUCCCCAGUGCAUCUACAGGAGGAAGUGGCAGAGGGAGCAGUUACCAUCCUGCCUAAGAGGGCAACAGUUAAAGGGUUUGAUCGUUAUUUUACUAGUCGGACAUUAGAUAACAACAGGAGAAAUGUGUGGUUUGCUGAAUUCUGGGAAGAUAAUUUUCACUGCAGACUGAGUAGAAAUUCUUUGCGCAGGGGGGGACAUGGGAAAAAGUGCACAAAUCAGGAACGGAUUGGUGUGGGGUCUGCCUAUGAACAGGAAGGGAAAGUUCAGUUUGUUAUUGAUGCGGUGUACUCCAUGGCCUAUGCGCUUCAUACAAUGCACAAAACUGUUUGCCCUGGCAGUGUUGGACUUUGCAGUCGCAUGGACCCAGUUGAUGGUGUUGAACUUCUGAAAUAUAUCCGUAGUGUCAACUUUACUGGUAUUGCGGGGACACCAGUGACAUUCAAUGAAAAUGGAGAUGCUCCAGGACGCUAUGAAAUCUAUCAGUACCAGAUCAACAAUGGCAGCACAGAAUACAGAGUUAUUGGACAGUGGGCAGAUCAUUUGCACCUAAAGAUUGAUCAAAUGCACUGGCCAGACUUGUCCUCAUCCUCUAGUUCUUCUGUCUCAUCAAGCCACUUGCCUAAGAUCCCACCCUCUAUCUGCAGUCAACCCUGUCGCCCUGGAGAGCGCAAGAAAGUUGUGAAAGGUAUUCCCUGCUGCUGGCAUUGUGAGAGAUGUGAUGGAUACCAGUACCAGCUUGAUACCUACACCUGCAAACGUUGCCCCCUUCACAUGCGACCAAAUGUCAACCACACUUCCUGCAUACCAAUUCCUAUUAUCAAGUUGGAGUGGAGUUCACCUUGGGCUGUGGUGCCCCUGCUGCUUGCUGUCUUAGGAAUCAUUGCCACGCUUGUUGUAGUAGGCACCUUUAUGCGAUACAAUGACACACCUAUUGUUAAAGCCUCAGGCCGUGAGCUCAGUUAUGUCCUUCUGUCUGGUAUUUUCUUGUGCUAUGUAAACACAUUCAUAAUGGUGGCACAACCAGGUUUUGGAACUUGCUCCCUAAGAAGGGUGUUCUUGGGCUUGGGAAUGAGUAUCAGCUAUGCUGCUUUACUAACUAAGACAAACCGCAUAUAUCGUAUAUUUGAACAGGGGAAAAGAUCUGUUAGUGCUCCUCGAUAUAUUAGCCCAUCCUCUCAGUUGGUCAUUACUGCAAGUCUCUCAUCAAUUCAACUUCUUGGAGUUCUUGUGUGGUUUUUGGUUGAUCCUUCCAGGCCCAUUGUAGACUAUGAGAAUCAGCGCACACCCGAUCCCCAGUUAACGAGAGGAGUUCUGAAAUGUGACAUCUCAGAUCUUUCCCUCAUCUGUCUGCUGGGUUACAGCAUGCUUCUGAUGGUCACUUGUACAGUUUAUGCCAUCAAAACCCGUGGGGUCCCAGAAACAUUUAAUGAAGCAAAGCCUAUUGGAUUUACCAUGUACACAACCUGCAUCAUAUGGCUGGCCUUCAUUCCAAUCUUUUUUGGCACUGCUCAGUCUGCUGAAAAGAUGCAUAUACAAACCACAACCUUGACUAUAUCAGUAAGUCUAAGCGCCUCAGUAUCCCUGGGAAUGCUAUAUAUGCCCAAGGUCUAUGUCAUCCUUUUCCAUCCAGAGCAAAAUGUGCCUAAACGCAAACGAAGUCUGAAGGCCGUUGUCACUGCAGCUACUAUGAGCAACAAGUUUACCCAGAAAGGAAGCUAUAGACCUAAUGGGGAAGCCAAGACUGAAUUAUGUGACAACAUGGAGGUACAAGCUUUGGCUACUAAACCUACCUAUGUAAGUUAUAGUAACCAUGCCAUAUAACCGGAAAGAUGAAUAAGCAUUUUCUCAGUGGUAGAACUGUAAUGUUUGGGUCAGCCCUAUACUGAACACUGAACAAUUUAGGAUGGCUAGUCAUCUGGUGAGAUGGAACAGAAUGUCUGGGAACAAACUCGGAAUACAGAAAUGGCUUCUAUUUAAAAGCCCAACACCCUAGCAGAAUAUUGAUUUCUGUCAGGCAGUAUCUGAGAAUAAGGAGACACGACAAUUUAUUUCCUUCUUUAAAAAUAUUCUUAAUCAAAUUAUCAGCUACAUUUUAAAGCUUUUCUGUUUUUAAGACAGGUUUUACCUUAUGCAUUUAUAUACAGAAACAUGUAUUUUCUUUUUCAGAAAUGCUCAUAGUUCUGAUUUGAUAUGUGAGUGUAAUGGCAAUAGAUUGCAAUGAAACAAUAGUUUGUUAUAAAACCUUGUAGUGCGGUAAAACAUGCCCCUUCUCCUAAAGAUGGAAUAAAUAUUGUUGUCUUGUCUGUUUUAAUAAUUUCUUGCCUGCCUGCAACUUCUUUUUUUAAACAUUAUUUUACUCUUAAUGAAGAAUGUUUUAAAUUUAAAUUUUACAUAUGGAAUUUAUAAACGCUAACAUGAAUAAAGUAGUUAUUCACUUUUAGAUUAUGUUGUCUAUGCCAGUAUAAAUAUCCUAAUGUCUUUUCUCAUUACGUAUUUCUUCAGUAUAUAAUUCUAUUGCUUGCUUGCUUUCUCUAUCUGUCUAUUGCUUGCCUACCACAUGUUCUAAUUUUGCAUUUUAUUGUAUAUUAUGUAUCCCUAAGGACAUCUCCACUCCCAACUGAAAAAAUGUAUAAAGGGAAACAAAAUCAUAAUAUAAAAUUUUGUGUUUGGAAAGCAACUUUAAUUCUAAGCAGCUUCCUAGCAUACAUUAAAUAUACUAAUAAUAUUAAAAUACUUGUAUUAAAUGUAGUUGCUAUUGAACACCAUAUAUAUGUCUGUCCUUUGCUAUUCACUUCUUAUCAAAGGAGGCAAAUACUUUUUGAAGUGCAAUGGCAAUGCAAAGGAAACUUUCAUGUGGAGGCAAUUGCUAUUGUAAGCAGAAUAUGUCUGUCCUUUGCUAUUGACUGCGCUGUUUGUCCUGACUUCAUGUACAAUUCAAACAAUAUAGCAGUAGUCCGUUCUUGAGGCUGCUCCUACAUUAUUUCGAUGUAUGCCUGUACCAGCAGAUAACAUUUUAACUUAACAGAUAGUUUUUUUAUCAAUAUUCACGCAUUAUAAAUCAACAUAAUAGCUCAUGAUAGAAAGUUACUUUUAAUAAAAAAAUUUAUUAUUUUAAGGAUGGAACUUUGUUUUAAAAAAAAACAAAAAAAAACACCGUAGUAUGUCUGAAGCAGCAAAAGAAGUUUCCUUUAGGGGGCAGAAUUCUAUUUAAAUGAUUAUUUUGAAAAUUGGUUGAUAUCUGACCUUAUUACAAAUGCAUCUAUUCCUGCUGUCACUUUUUAAAUAUGAUUAUUCAGAAUGGCAAUGUAUCUUAUUCUGGAUCCUCCUUUUGAAAGUUUUUGUUGUGCCUGUGUUUAUGCAAAUUAUGUGUGCAUGUAAAUCACAGGGAGUCUUGAGAAAUGAUUUUCUACUUGACUGUUUAUAAUAAAAAAAUGACAAAACCAA